AUGUUGCUCAACUGGACCAUAACCUUAUUGUGGACAUUGCUAUUGUCCAGGGUUACUGCACAGCUUGUAGUAACUACGACAAUUCCGAUACCACAAGCAGUAACGUUCCCUACACCUGUGGCGGUUGGUACCGGGGGUGAUGUUACGUUUGAAGGAUCAGGUCCUUACACUUUUAACGACAAGGUCUAUAUCAUGAAAAAUGGUAAGCUAACGAUUCAUAAUCCUCAAAGUGGUAGUCUGUUGAACAUAAGUAUAACAGGUGAUACGAUCAACAAUGGACAAGUUUCUGUGCUUAAUGAUGGAACUACUAACGCCAGAAUUAAAAUUACUGGUGACAGUAUCCUGAAUACAGGUACAUUGUUAUUGCAAAAUAACGACGCCGCUGCUAUUGUCAACCACGACCUUUCUAUAGUUUUAUCGCCAAAGGAUUCUAUCCUUAAUACUGGUACUUUGACCUUAUACCAAGCGGGUGGUGUUGAUAUCACUACUGGUGACAUUACGAAUAAUGGUGUUCUAAACGUGUAUGGUACUGCGUUGAGAAUUCAUCAACCUAUUGUAGGCAACGGUAAUAUUAAUUUGUUUAGUGGCUUUCUUAUUUUAGGUUUUGAUCAGACGGAAAGUAAUAUUCUACAAAACAUUACUAUAGGUUUCGGCUCUCUUAUGCUUUUUGAUACUAGAGGCAACACAACACCUCGUUUAGUUACUAUCAACUUGGCAUCUUUUGAUCCCAACAAUUUUUUGGGUUUCACUGAUCCAAACUUUACUUAUACUUAUGAUGGAAAUGUAUUAAACCUAGUCUCUAACCAAGUUACAGUUAAGGUUUACAUUGGCCCAGGCUAUGAUAUUAACAGUUUUAUCAAACUGGAUAGUACACAACAAGAAUACCUUGGUACUAACUAUAUCAUUUCAGCAAUAUAUUAUGGUGCUCAGCCCCCUACAACGAGGACAUUUCAACCUCUUCCAUCACCAUACAACACUACAAUAUACACUCUUGAUGUCACUGAGGAAUUUACUGUUUCAUACAUUGCGACCAGUGAUAAAGGAGGAUUUCCUACAACUAUAAGGACCUCAAUACCAUGGAGUACACCAAUCUCUUCACCUUAUACAACGUUCACCAUUCAUGACUCCACUACUGAAUCAUAUGUGGUAUCUUACUUCUCAACUGUAAACGCAAAGGGUGGCCCACUAAUUAGUUCAACAACCUACCCUGUUUUGCACGCCCCUUACACUACUACAAUAACAGAGAAAGGUGUCACACACGAAGUAUAUUACUCUUUUACUGAUAUACUCAAAGGUAACUCCCAUUCCACUUCUACAUUUAUUUCUACCAUUAUCCCACCUUUCCCAAAACCAACAACUUUUACAUCCUUUUCUGGCAACUAUGAAUAUAUUGGUGUAGUCACCUACUACAGCACCGUGAAUGCUCAAGGUGGCACUUACACGGCUUCAUCAACUAAAACAAUCUCAACAAUCACAUUAACCCAGUAUAAGGUCCCACCAGUUACCACAGUUACUAUUAGCAAUUCGCAAUACUCUGAGGUGGAUGUUAUUUCUUACUACCUAACCCAAGACUCCAACAGGAAGGUCUUUACCGCGAGUACUACUAUCUCUUCAUCUAGAGCCUAUAUUACUCCACCUCCACUGACAAGCAAAACUGUUGAUUCCAAUGGAGUCACUAUUUGGGCUAUUAUUUCCUAUUAUACGAGUGCAAAAGAUGGACAAAUUAUUUUUACGAGUGGAAGUAGCGUCUAUUCACCACCACCAUUAAAGACAAUUACAGUACUUGGGGAUCACUAUGUUGAAGAAGAUGUGUACUCUUAUUUUAUUACAGUUAAUGGGCAAGGUCAAAUAAUAACUGACAGUACAGAGAUCAGCUCCAGUGUGUCUCACGACCCAGCACCUUCUGGCAGUACGAUCACCAAGGAUCUUGGUAAUGGUAUAACAGAGUAUGAUGUUGUGAGUUACUGGACGACUGUUGAUGAGAACGGCAAGUUCAUCACUACCAGUUCUGUUGCAGUCUACUCUCCUCCACCCAUUUCUACCGUCACUAUCAAGAGUGAUCACUACGAGGAGGAGGAUGUGUACUCGUACUUUAUUACUGUUGACUCUGAAGGUAACAUUAUCACUGACAGUAAACUGAUCAGCUCCAGUGUGUCUCAUGACCCAGCACCUUCUGGCAGUACGAUCACCAAGGAUCUUGGUAAUGGUAUAACAGAGUAUGAUGUUGUGAGUUACUGGACGACUGUUGAUGAGAACGGCAAGUUCAUCACUACCAGUUCUGUUGCAGUCUACUCUCCUCCACCCAUUUCUACCGUCACUAUCAAGAGUGAUCACUACGAGGAGGAGGAUGUGUACUCGUACUUUAUUACUGUUGACUCUGAAGGUAACAUUAUCACUGACAGUAAACUGAUCAGCUCCAGUGUGUCUCAUGACCCAGCACCUUCUGGCAGUACGAUCACCAAGGAUCUUGGUAAUGGUAUAACAGAGUAUGAUGUUGUGAGUUACUGGACGACUGUUGAUGAGAACGGCAAGUUCAUCACUACCAGUUCUGUUGCAGUCUACUCUCCUCCACCCAUUUCUACCGUCACUAUCAAGAGUGAUCACUACGAGGAGGAGGAUGUGUACUCGUACUUUAUUACUGUUGACUCUGAAGGUAACAUUAUCACUGACAGUAAACUGAUCAGCUCCAGUGUGUCUCAUGACCCAGCACCUUCUGGCAGUACGAUCACCAAGGAUCUUGGUAAUGGUAUAACAGAGUAUGAUGUUGUGAGUUACUGGACGACUGUUGAUGAGAACGGCAAGUUCAUCACUACCAGUUCUGUUGCAGUCUACUCUCCUCCACCCAUUUCUACCGUCACUAUCAAGAGUGAUCACUACGAGGAGGAGGAUGUGUACUCGUACUUUAUUACUGUUGACUCUGAAGGUAACAUUAUCACUGACAGUAGAGUCAUUAGCUCCAGUAUCAUUGAUGAUGGUAAGGACAAGACCACAGUCACCACUGACAAGGAUGGUGUUGUUCACACAGACAUUAUCUCGCACAUCACCACCACUGACUCUGACGGUAAGCCAACGACUAUCUUGACCACCUACCCAUCUCCAAGCGACGAUGGUAAGGACAAGACCACAGUCACCACUGACAAGGAUGGUGUUGUUCACACAGACAUUAUCUCGCACAUCACCACCACUGACUCUGACGGUAAGCCAACGACUAUCUUGACCACCUACCCAUCUCCAAGCGACGAUGGUAAGGACAAGACCACAGUCACCACUGACAAGGAUGGUGUUGUUCACACAGACAUUAUCUCGCACAUCACCACCACUGACUCUGACGGUAAGCCAACGACUAUCUUGACCACCUACCCAUCUCCAAGCGACGAUGGUAAGGACAAGACCACAGUCACCACUGACAAGGAUGGUGUUGUUCACACAGACAUUAUCUCGCACAUCACCACCACUGACUCUGACGGUAAGCCAACGACUAUCUUGACCACCUACCCAUCUCCAAGCGACGAUGGUAAGGACAAGACCACAGUCACCACUGACAAGGAUGGUGUUGUUCACACAGACAUUAUCUCGCACAUCACCACCACUGACUCUGACGGUAAGCCAACGACUAUCUUGACCACCUACCCAUCUCCAAGCGACGAUGGUAAGGACAAGACCACAGUCACCACUGACAAGGAUGGUGUUGUUCACACAGACAUUAUCUCGCACAUCACCACCACUGACUCUGACGGUAAGCCAACGACUAUCUUGACCACCUACCCAUCUCCAAGCGACGAUGGUAAGGACAAGACCACAGUCACCACUGACAAGGAUGGUGUUGUUCACACAGACAUUAUCUCGCACAUCACCACCACUGAUAGCAAUGGUAAUCCAACCACAGUAGCUACUACACUUGCAUUGCCAUCUAGUGGUAACAACAGUGGUAACAACAGCGGCAACAACAGCGGCAACAACAGCGUCAACAACAGCGGCGACAACAACGGUAACUCAGCCGGCAACAAUGCUGGGGAAAGCGACCAUACCACUGUCAUCACAUCGAAUGGUACACCAACAUCUGUAUUUGUAUCCCACAUCACUACAACUGACAGCAAUGGUAACCCAUCCACCAUAGCUACCACACUUGCAUUGCCAUCUAGUGGUAACAACAGUGGUAACAACAGCGGCAACAACAGCGGCAACAACAGCGGCAACAACAACGGUAACUCAGCCGGCAACAAUGCUGGGGAAAGCGACCAUACCACUGUCAUCACAUCGAAUGGUACACCAACAUCUGUAUUUGUAUCCCACAUCACCACCACUGACGGCAAUGGUAGCCCAACCACAAUAAGAACAUUGAUACCAUCGUCUUCUGAAUUCUUAUCCCAAAAUAUUAUCUCAAAUACACCUAUAAAUUCACAAGCCAAUAUUUCCUCUCCUACCAAUAAGUCUUCGCGGACAACAUUGCAAGGUACACACACUGUUCCAACUGUAUCACCAUCAUCCGUGUCUUCAGCAACAUUCACUGGUGCAGGAGAGAAAUUGAAUGUUAGUAAGUUAUAUGCGGCUGUUGUAUUAUCCGGUAUUGUACUUUGUAUUAUCGUUUAA